CAAUACAAACGAGAACCGCCCUCUUCCCUCUCUCGCCUCCUCUCAUUUUUCGCUUCGUACAUUCAGUCAGUCAAGUUCUCCAUUGUAAGAUUCAAACUCUCUCUCUCUUUCUGCCUCUCUUUCUCUCUCUAACUCCCUUAGAGUCACGCACGCACACCGCGAACACGCUCACACUCGCUUUGCUUGAAUUGAUUACUGUGGCUGUUUUCUUAGAGUUUUACUUGUGGCGGGAACUCACUUUUGGCGACAUUGACGGCGAUUUGGUUUCUUUUACGGCAUUCUUUUGAUUUUUUUCCCUUCAUCUCCAAACGCCUAUUGGGCCCCAAUGCUAUUGUCUGAUUGUUAUGGAAAUGUGAAACGCAUGCGGUUUUGAUUGUGCCUCGAAAACGCGGCGUUCUUGAAUCUAGGGUUUCUGUUGUUUGACUAUCGCGACUGGGUCUCUUUUUCCUGUUCGAAUAUUGGGAACUUAAUUCAUAUGCAGGUUUGCGUCCCUUAUAAUUGCAUCUGCACAUAGUUAUAAGGAUGCCUCUAUUCAAAAGAAAGGCUUUUCCUUUGGCUGAACUUCCUAAUGAUUUGGAACCUCAUGAGCUUGUAUACCAAGUUCGAUUUACAGAGGAGAUAUUUCGGGGCUACGAUGAAUAUUUGAACCGGAUAAAUUUAUAUCGCCAGAGAGUUUGGAUGUGUAAAGUCUCUGGAAAGACUAACUUGACCUAUGAAGAGGCUUUGCUGUCAGAAGAGCGGGCUACUGAGAAGGUUCAUCAGUUCCCGAAAGAGCUAAUGGAACCUGCCCUGCAGAUUAUUCAAUACAGUAAGAACUCACCACUAUUAGUUUCUGUUUGUGACGUGGAGGAAACUCUUGUGAAGCUGCCAUUUAGUAGAAAAUUUUUGAAGUCUUUUAUUCGGGAAUCUACAUACCGUAGUGCUCCUUGGGUGCUUCAUGAUAAACUUGCACAAAGUUAUGGAAUAUCAAAAAAUGUUCCAGAGAACUUAAGAAGCAAAGUUUCUUUCAAGGAUGGAUUACUAGUCUGCAAUAAGAGAAGGAAAAAUGGGGAGGAAGCAAAACAUGACCUUGAAAAUUGUAAAAGGAAAAAAGUUGACGGUUCAGAAGGUGAUGAACCAGUGGAAGAACCUAUCAAAUAUCCAAUUGAUGACCUGUUAGUGCAGCCAGAUGCAGAUGAUCCAGUUUUCACAGAUCGCCCUUCUCCAUCAAGGGACUUCAAUGUUCCAAUGGAAUGCGUUGGUGAUCUUUUAAUGGUUUGGGAUUUUUGUUCUUCUUUUGGUAGGCUGUUGCACUUAUGGCCAUUCUCUCUUGAAGAUUUUGAAAAUGCUAUCUGCCACAAGAAGGGCAAUUUGGUCCUUCUUGUGGAAGCUCAUUCGGCUCUUCUUCGGUUGCUCAUAAAAGACAAUGGUGAAUAUUUUUCAGCUGUGCGGGAAAGAAAUCGAAAAUUAAAGAUUACCCUAAUCACUUGGACAGAGUUUUUGUGCGAUUUUUUAGAAAUGAUCAACAUUCCUGAAUUAUGUGCUUACGUAGCAACUAUCAAGCGGGGGCACUAUGGCCUUUUAGAUGCUCAUGCUAAAUUGGGAAUCUUCCGAGAAUUGGUUAAUCAUGCACUUGAAACAAAUAUUGUUAGGGAAAAAUUGGAUAAGUUUGUUGAGCAGAGGCAGGCUCUUGGAGCCACAAGAAGGGAGGAAGCAUUGGAGGAAGCCAGAAAGAAAAGAAAAGAGAAAGAACGUUUGAGGGCAGAGUCUGAUGUCGAUCAAGUAAUGGAUUUGGAGAGUAAAGGAAGUGCAUCCGAAAAUGGUAAUCAUAUAAGACAGAAUGGAGACAUAGUAAAGAAAAGAAAUGGUGAGAUCCGAUCAUCUAGACAGGAUAGUGCAUCGGAAAAAAGUGGGAGCAAGCAAGUGGACGCUGCUCCAAAGAAAAUGGCCAGGAAACAGAAAGUGGAAGUGAAAGUCCCAACAGCCAAUGGCAAUGGGAAGGAUUUAUCUGAGAAGGAAGCACUGGAACGGUCAAGGGAUGAUAGAAAGGAAGUCGUCGGACAGAGCAGCAAAGAACGAAGGAGGGAGUAUUAUGAACGGGAGAUCGAGAAGCGGUUUAUACGUACCAAUUCCUUAGGUAAAGACAGAAAUCAUAACAGAUAUUGGUGGUUCCAGCGUGAUGGCAGAAUAUUUGUUGAGAGUUCUGACUCCAAGCAGUGGGGGUAUUACAGUAGCAAGGAAGAGCUCUAUCUGUUGACCGGCUCACUAAAUUGCAAGGGUGAGAGGGAGAGGGCACUUAAAAAGCAGCUGGAAAAAUUUAUUAGCAGAAUAUGCCUGGAAAUCGAAAAGAGAUCAAAGGACUUAGCUCAAAGGGUUGCAUUGGAGGAGGCAGUGCUCCGAAGAUCUUCUCGCGUACGAGCUCCACCAAGGAAAAAUCCUGCCAAUGCUUUCCUUGAGUAUGUUAACAAGUGGAAGGAAGACUAACUAAGCUUCCGCAGUCCACUACAUUUAACUUGCAUUAGGACAAAAGGAGACUAGGAAUUUUUUGUUGGAGUCCAUUGCAUUCUUGUGAUCGCUUUUGUGGGCAUCUCUGGAGUGUUGAGGGCCGAGGAAGUGGUGACAGAAAAGUAGGGGAGGAAUUGGGAUGUAGCAGUUUUUUUUUGUUAAUAUAUCAAUUUUUUCUUAUCCAUUCCUCUACCAGUCCAGUAGACAGACUUGUAUUUGUGCUUGACACUCAAUUUCUAUAAAUGACCUUGCUUGACAUUUU